UAAUCUUCUUAGUAUAAAAGUUCAGAAAUUUUCAGAUUUUAUUUUAAUCGAUCGUAAAAGGGACGUUACUCUUGAUUGUUCGUCUUAAAGAGAACAGGGAAAUACCUUAUGUGCAAUAACCCUCCAGGACAACAUGGCUUCACGUGGCAAAAGUGAAACGGAGAAGUUGAAACAAAAUCUUGAAGAACAACUUGAUCGACUCAUGCAGCAGCUGACUGACCUUGAAGAAUGCAAAGAGGAUUUUGAGGAAGAUGAAUAUGAAGAAACUAAAAAUGAAACAUUGGAACAACUGAAAGAGUUUAAUGAAAGCCUGAGCAAUAUGAUGAAGGGAAAUCUGAGUUUGGUAGAUCAAUUAAAUGGCAUGCAAUUGGCCAUCCAAGCAGCUAUAAGUGAUGCCUUCAAGACACCUGAAGUUAUCAAGAUGUUUGCUAAGAAGCAACCAGGACAGCUUAGAACAAGACUUGCAGAGGUUGAGCGAGAUGCAAAGAUUGGUAAACUUGCCAAAGAUGUAGCCACACAACAAACAGUAGAAAUCCUUACAGCAUUGAAGAAGCUUGGAGAAACCUUGACUCCCACAGAGGAAGCCUUCUUACAGAGCAACUCUAGCACUAGUCUUAAACAAUUUGAGGAGGUUUCUGGAACUAUUGGUGGUACUGUAUUAGAUAUGGCUGGUUCACAUGUCAAGGAAGCUAGUAAAUAAAAGUUUUACUUGCAUUAUAACCAAAUGACACUAUGCAAGUUAAUGAUGUUAUUCCUAAAAAUACCCUAGCAGGACUGGCAAGAUGUUCGAUUGGAAUUGAAAAUAAUAUGAUAUUAGUCUAUUAUAGAACCUAUAGAAAAUAGAAUAUAAUUUUUAGAGAAUAUUCCAUGAAAGGAACAUUAGCGUACAUAGAGGACAUGUAAAGAACAUUUAAGGCGACUACGAUUGAACCUUAAUAGAACAUGUAAAACACUGCAAGACUCAUUCAUUAAUUUAACCAUGGUGCACAUAUGCUAUACACAAUUUAUGGAUAGAUUUUAAUCGAUAUCGAUAAAAAAACAAAAUGAACAAAAUUUCUAGAUGAACACGCCAUGGCCAGCCCACUCUCAAAAAAAACACACACACUGCUUCCAAAAUAAAAAUCUGUACACCCAUCAUUUGGCACCUCACUGAAAAGGUUAGUUUAUGCAAGCGUUAUUGCCUACAUAAGAUGCUUUACAGUGUUCAUAGCUUUUAUAAAUAUAUUGUUCUUAGCCUUUAU